UCCCGCAUCCCAGCCCAGCCCGCUGGGGUGAGCCGAGGCCGGGGGCCCUCCGAGCUCGCCGUGGCUCGGGAAGCAGCCGGGAUGGGAGCGGGAGACGCCAGCAGGCUGCUGGGGAGCCGACGGCGGAGCUACGGGACGCUGCAGCCGGAUCCAUCCCACAUGGAGGUGUCUGGGUACCAGAGCCGCCCGUGGCGGGUGCUCCUGUGCCACGUGGGCUCCGUCCUCACCGCGGGGCUGCUCCUGCUGCUGUUCCACUGGAAGCCCAGCCUGGAAGUGCAGGCCAAGUGCAGACCCUGUGCCCUGGGCCAGGCCGACUGGGUCAUCAUCAGGGACCGCUUCGGGCAGUGCUUCACCUCCAGGGUGCUGCUGGAGCCGCUGGGCGAGGGCAGCCUGGAGCAGCCCCCCGGGGCGCGGCCGGAGGAGCGGCGGAGCAGCGUCGCCGUCGGAGUGUCGGACGAGGAGGAGAGCCGGGACACCCUCCGGCUCCACGAGAACGAGGAGAACGUCCUGAGGUAUUACCUGUUCCAGGGGAUGCGCUACGUGUGGCUGGAGCGGCGGCAGACGUUCUGCAGGGUCAGUGUCCUGGAUGAGGGUUGGACCUGUGCAGAUCUCCACCUCUCCCAGCCUGGGCUGGACCAACAGGACCACAGCACCAGGAGGAAGAUCUACGGCCCAAACCUCAUCGAGGUGCCCGUCAAGUCCUAUGCGAGGCUGCUGGUGGAGGAGGUGCUCAAUCCCUUCUACAUCUUCCAAGUGUUCAGCAUCGUGCUGUGGGUGUGUGAUGCCUAUUACUACUACGCCGCCUGCAUCUUCCUCAUCUCCACCAUCUCCUUGGGCUUGUCCCUCUACGAGACCAGGAAGCAAAGCACCACACUGCAGGCCGUGGCCAGGAUGUCGGUGGGUGUCCGAGUGCGUCGGCGCGGCGGAGAGGAGACGGUGGUGAGCUCGGUGGAGCUGGUGCCAGGGGACUGCAUCAGCAUUCCCGGGGACGGGCUGCUGGUGCCCUGCGACGCCGCGCUGCUGACGGGCGAGUGCAUGGUCAAUGAGAGCAUGCUGACGGGGGAGAGUGUGCCGGUGAUGAAGACGCCGCUGCCGGCCGGGGCGCAGGCGGCCGGGGCCGUGUACUCCCCGGAGGAGCACCGGAGGCACACCCUGUUCUGUGGGACACACGUCAUCCAGGCCAAGGCCUACGUGGGGGGGGAAGUGCUGGCCGUGGUGACCCGCACAGGGUUCUGCACGGCCAAGGGGGAUCUCAUCGGCUCCAUCCUCUACCCCAAACCCGUCAGCUUCAAGUUCUACAAGGAUGCCGUGAAGUUCGUCCUGUUCCUCGCCGUCCUGGCUUUCGUCGGCACCUUGUACAGCAUCCUCAUCCUGGUUAGGAACCAGGUGCCCGUGGGGCAGAUCAUCAUCCGCGCCCUGGACCUGGUGACCGUCAUCGUGCCGCCGGCGCUGCCGGCCGCCAUGACCGUGGGCACCAUCUACGCCCAGAACAGGCUGAAGAAACAGGGAAUCUUCUGCAUCAGCCCCCCCCGGAUCAACCUGUGCGGGAAGAUCCGCCUGGUUUGCUUCGACAAGACGGGAACGCUGACCGAGGAAGGGCUGGAUGUGUGGGGGUGGUGCCCCUGGAGAAACAACCGGUUCCUGCCCGUCGUCCACGAGCCGCAGUGCCUCCCGGCCGGGCCCCUGCUCCACGCCCUGGCCUCCUGCCACAGCCUGUCCCUGCUGCGGGCACAGCUCGUCGGGGACCCCGUGGACCUCAAAAUGUUGGAAUCCACCGGCUGGCGCCUGGAGAUGAUGGAGGAGGAGGAGGGGGAGCUCCCGGCCUUCCAGCAGUUUGGGAUGAAGGUCUUGGCUGUGGUGAAACCUCCCCCUGAGGAAGAGCAGCCCCGGGACAGGAAGCACCAGUCACCCCUGGGGAUCCUCCGGCGUUUCCCUUUCUCCUCCUCCUUCCAGAGGAUGAGUGUCCUGGUGAAACUCCCCAGAGAAGCCACAGCCCACGUGUAUGUCAAGGGCGCCCCGGAGAUGGUGGCCAGUCUGUGCAGGAAGGAAACUGUGCCCCUGGAUUUCUCCCAGAUGCUCCGACACUACACCACGGAUGGUUUCCGGGUCUUGGGUCUGGCUGGCAAAGCCCUGAGCACGGUGGCCACCUUCGAGGAGGCCCUGCAGCUGCCCAGGGACUCCGUGGAGAGCAGCCUGAGCUUCCUGGGAUUCCUGGUCAUGAAGAACGUCCUCAAGCCGGAGUCUGCGCCCGUGAUCCAGCUCCUGAGGAACGCCAACAUCCGGCCUGUCAUGGUGACAGGGGACAACAUGCUGACGGCGCUGAACGUGGCCCGCGGCUGCCGCAUGGUGGAGCCCCGGGAGCGGCUCGUCUUCGUCUCGGCCUCCCCGCCCGGGCACGGCAAACCCGCAGCGCUCCGCUUCCUGCCGGCCGAGGACUCCCAGGGCGAGGAGCAGCCCCAGGGCCUGGAGCAGCAGGAUGGCUCCUCCCCCCCUCCCCAGCCCUGCCACUUGGCCCUCAAUGGAAAAUCCUUCCAGGUGGUUUGUGAGCACUUUGCUGACCUGCUGCCCAGGAUCCUGCUCCGAGCCACCGUGUUCGCCCGCAUGUUGCCCGAGCAGAAGACUCAGCUGGUGUGCAGCCUGCAGGAGCUCAACUACUGCGUGGGGAUGUGCGGGGACGGGGCCAACGACUGCGGGGCGCUGCGGGCGGCCGACGUGGGCAUCUCGCUGUCCGAGGCCGAGGCGUCGGUGGCAUCGCCCUUCACGUCCCGCGUGGCCAACAUCGAGUGUGUGCCCAGGGUGAUCCGGGAGGGCAGGUGCUCCCUGGUCACCUCCUUUGGUGUGUUCAAGUACAUGGCCCUGUACAGCCUCGUGCAGUUCGUGUCCGUGCUGCUGCUCUACACGCUCAACACCAACCUGAGCGACUUCCAGUUCCUGUUCUUCGACCUGGUGAUCACCACCACGGUGGCCGUGCUGAUGGGCCGCACGGGCCCUGCCCGCGCGCUGGGCCUGGCGCGGCCCCCGGGCACCCUCAUCAGCGCCCUGGUGCUGGGCAGCCUCCUGCUGCAGACAGCCCUGCUCAUCACUGUGCAGGUCCUCAGCUACUUCAUCACCGCCUCGCAGAGCUGGUUCGUCCCCCUGAACAGCACCGUGACAGCCCCCCAGAACCUGCCCAACUACGAGAACACCGUCCUGUUCUGCGUCAGCGGCUUCCAGUACCUCAUCCUGGCCGUGGCCAUGUCCAAGGGAUACCCCUUCCGGGAGCCCCUCUACACCAACGUGCUCUUCCUGCUCGUCCUCGUCCUGCUCUUUGGCCUCAUGGUCUGGUUGACCCUCUACCCGUUGGGCUUCCCCAAAACCCUCCUGAAGCUGCACGGCAUUGAGGACCUGAACUUCAAGCUGCUGCUGCUGGGAAUCGCCGCCCUCAACUUCUUCGCCGCCUUCGUGCUGGAGACCGCCCUGGACCAUGGCCUGCUCCGCUGCUGCCGCAGGAUACGCCGGAAAAAAGCCUCCAAGAAACUCUUCAAGAGGCUGGAGAAGGAGCUGAGCCAGCAGCAGCCAGGCUGGCCCCCCCUCAACGAGCCCCUCUUUGCCACCCCCAGGAUGGCCAUGGCCCUGAGAUAGCGGGCGUGGGGCCCUCCCGUGCCACCCUCAGACGAUGGCCUUUAUUUAUUGAUCCCGGGAAAAGGAGGGAUGGCGGCGGGCGGG